AUGAAACACUCACUGCGGCCAAGUCGAUGGCAGAGCCUGACAUGUCUUGCUCUUUUCAGCAUCCUUGCCAUUUAUACGUCAGGCUAUUAUCUCACGGCCAUUGCACGCCAUGGCCAGACAGGUUUCAACCAUGGGAUAGAGUCAUAUCGGCAACGGGGCAUGAAACCAGCCGGUCCUGUUGUUCCGGGCGUGGUACAGCCUGAUAAGAAUUAUACUCGUACCCUUGUUAUAGCGAGUCUCCAGAAGGAAAAUACAACUUGGGUCGACGAACUACAACGGGAAGACCCUAAGCUGCAAACGGCUGUUUAUGUUGUGAAUAAUUCCAGUGCGCCUCUCACUGUGAUGAAAAACAAGGGGCAUGAAGUGAUGGUUUAUCUGUCGUACAUCAUUGACCAAUACUAUACACUCACGGAUGUCUCUAUUUUCAUGCAUGCUCAUUUGACGACAUGGCAUAAUAAUGAUUUAUUGGAUUCGGACUCUGCCAAGAUGGUCAAACGCCUUCGAAGUGAAAAAAUUAUUCGAGACGGUUAUAUGAACCUUCGUUGCCAUUCAGAACCAGGUUGCCCCGACCAUAUCCACCCAAUUGCCGGAGGUGACGAUCUAUCAAGCAUUCCGGAAGCGGCUGUUAUAGGAAAAUCCUGGCUCGAGCUGUUCCCCGGUACCCAAUUGCCUGAGGUGCUCUCCCAACCAUGCUGCGCCCAAUUCGCAGUCAGUGCCGACCGCAUCCGACGGAUACCUCGGGAAACUUAUAUAUAUUAUCGAGACUGGAUUCUCGAAACUUCGUUGUCUGAUAGCUUAUCAGGGCGAGUGUGGGAAUAUCUCUGGCAGUACGUCUUUGCAGGUGUCGAAACAUUGUGCCCGGAGGACCAUAUCUGUUACUGCGAAGGAUACGGGAUAUGCUUCAAAGGGAAAGUCGAGUUUGAAUACUUUUAUGAAAUGCAGUCGUUGGGACGCGAUAUUCAAAAGCAACUUAAUGCGCUGAAGAUGGAGAACGGAACAGUGAUCAAGGGAUUCGAAAAGAAAGCCGAGGCUAUGCAGGCGAAAAUAAACAAAUUAGUGGCUGAGAUUGAGGCGAUGAGAUCGAGGGUUCUUGGGGAAUGA